AUCAUCGGUUCAUAGUCGAUCUGUUGCGUCGAAUUUCGACAGGGGCAUUAAAUUUCGACAAUGGUCAGCUGUGAAUGAAGAACCGCAUUUGACUUUGACAUUUUACAGUCAAUUUAGACAAUGGUUGUUUUGCUUUUUUAUAUGUAGAUUUACCUUAAAUUUAUGAUAAAGUUGCCUCAUCAUGUGAAAGCUAUGACGCAUUUUCAUGGAUAUGUAAGUGCCUCCCCCCCCCCUCAGCCAGUGGGCUCUGCCGCCGCCGACUUUGGGGCUGACUGGUGGACGCUAUUGAGCUGUUGCCGUCCGCCGUCGCGCUGCUGUCGUGGUCCGGGCCGUGGGCCGCCCGCGGCGGUGCUCGUUGUCGGCCGCUGAUUGGCUGCCCCGGGGCGGCCCCGACCCGGCGUUGGGUCGGGCGUCGCGUAUGCGCUUAAGGCUGAUGUGUAGUCUAAUGAAGGGCGGCGGCCACGCGGCGGCUGUUAUGCCACGUCGUCAGAACGGGUCGGUGUGCGCCGAUGACCGGCGUAGAAUCGUUGACGCAUUUAAGGACGGAAGAGACUAUGUUGCAGUCGCUCAGGAACUUGGAGUUCGGCGCACAACCGCCUGGUCAGUUGUCGCCAAAUGGCAAAGAACAGGAGAAACAGCAGCGAGGCCAAGAGGUGGCAGCCGACACGUCAAGGUCGACGAUGAAAUGCGGGAUCUUCUGCUGAUGAUCAUCGAAUCAGACCCGACUGUCACCCUGCAGCGCCUCAACAACUUUCUGCGAGAGACCUGGCCGGAGAAGCCACAGGUCUCAAACGCCACCGUGAGCCGCGCUCUCCACAACUGCCUGAUUACGGUGAAGCAGACGAGACCUGUCCCGGCCGACAGGAACAGCCCAACGACGAAGGAAAAAAGACACGAGUACGCAUCCUGGAUGAUCAACGCAGGAAUGGCCGCACAUCGGGUCUACGUCGAUGAGACGGGACUUAACCUCCACAUCAGCCGCUCCCGUGGACGGGCUGCGGUCGGUGAGCGCGCCGCCCGGGUGGUGUGCGGUCAGCGCGGCCGCAACAUGACCGUCAUCAUGGCCAUCAGCGACCAGGUCGGCGUCCUGUAUUACGAGGUGGUGUGGGGCGGCGUCACGGCAGAGAUCUUCGGCGACUUCCUCACCAGCCUGGGUGUGGUCCUGGGGGACGAGCCGGCCACAGUUGUUAUGGACAACGCGCCGGCGCACCGCAGAGCCCAGCUGGCCGACCCCGAGCUGCACACGGUCCGCAUGCUGGCACCGUACUCGCCGUUUCUCAAUCCGAUCGAGAACAUGUUCUCCGUCUUCAAGGCGGAUCUCAAGCAGCGACUGAGCCAUGUCCAAGAGCGCCUGGACGAUCGGGCGGCGGCGCUGACGGCCGGGUACCGCAGCAUCGUCACCUGGCGCAGCUCUAUCCUGGAGGACCUGGCGCACCAGGCCGUGCCGGCCAUCACCCGGGAGAAGGUGUGCGCCGCCUACCGCCACGCCAACUCCUUUCUGGGCGCCUGCCUGGGACGGGAAGAUAUCCUGGCGGAUGAGUGAGGGAAUCCCGCACAACGGACGUCCCCGCUGAACGUCACGUGUUGUCCCUGUCACGCGGAGUCGAUACUAGUGCUUAUCUGCGCACCAUUCUUUAUCUUCCAGGAGCAGCUUUUUGUUAGAUGUACGUACAUUGUGUAUCGUACAGCUCAGGUGAUUUUUGUGCGGUCAUUGUACAAUGUAUGAUGGGUGUUUUGUGAACA